ACAUGGUGCCUUCAUAGUACGCAACAAAAAGAGAACAGCAAGUAGUCUCAAACUUAAAGGGGCGGUGGCGAUGUAGCGGAUGCAAAGUGAUUAUAGAAGGAGGAUUCUUUGCCUUCUCAAACUGAAUCCAGGCUUUGAUCAAGCAGUAUUCUCUAUCAUAUCACCUCUCCCAAAAGAAAAUGACGAUGCCAGUAACCAUUAAAUCACUCGUUCUCAGCCUGCUGCUCGCCCAAGCGGCAUAUGGUAAGGACCAUAGCAGUCACAACUGCUGCCUAUACACUCCCGAAGGAUGGAUCCCGGUAAACGAUUGGACCGAGGCUGUGUGUGCCAUGCGCUGGGGCUCUGUUGCGACCUUUGACGGCGUUAAGUGCAUCCAGAAGCCGGGCAACGUAAUCAGCGGUGAUGACUUUUAUACUGCGUGCAAGCUGUAUGGAGAAACUCAUGGUUAUGGACCUGAUUGGGCGAAGGGUGCAGGGUAUCGCGGUACUUGCUCUUGAACUUGGACAUGACACUGGGACGAGGCUUACAUCGAUCACCACAACUUUACCAUUUAACUGCUGAUCUAUCAAUCCACUGCUAGAAGUCGUAGUUAGAAUAUAUUUAUCGGGCUAUACGACACCACUGCGGACAUCCAAUGACAUUGCCAGCGGAUCACGCAUACCUAAUAUAUAUGGACUAAAGUGCUAGGGUUGCCAAGC